UUGAGUCUGUUGAGUGUUGCUUUGCUUUAGAAUUUAUUAGAAUCACUGUAGGUUGCCUUUUGGACGUGGGUUUUGAUUCUCAUUUCAGCGUUCACUCGAAAGUCCUUUACGCUUUCACAUAGUACUAAAACCUUGUAGCUAGUGGCAAUGUGGCAUUCUUCCCGCUCUCGCUCUCGGAGCAAGUCUUCUUCCCCUGCUCGCAGCUCGAGAGGUAAACACCGACAUGACAGAAAGGACAAAGACAGAGAUCGUGACCGACGACGCAGACAUCACUCGCGCUCCCGUAGUAAAAGUCGGUCUCCUCGUAGAAAGAGCCGUUUUGCUGCUAUCAGCCCAUCUCCUGAGCGUGUGGAUCGAUUUGGAAGGAGUGUAACCAGCCGGGAACGUCCCAGAAAGGACGAGAGGGAACGCGAUGGUCGGACUGAGGAUGACCGAAUGCGUAGAAUACGAACAGCUACUGAAACGAAACUCGCCGAUGAGGAGACAAAGCGAAAAAUCGAGACUAUGGUCACUCAGCGGGUAGCGGAGCAGGUCGAGGCAUGUCGCCGUGAGAUGGAGAAGGAAGUUCAGCUACGGGUUGAGGAAGCUCAGCGUGAAAUGGACAGCACACUUAACGAAGACAUGGAGAAGAGAAUGAAGGUUCGAACGGAGGAGUACGAGGCAAAGGAGUGCCUACUGCGACAAGAACGCGAUACGUACUUGACCAAGAGCACCGACCUGCAGAAGGAGGUGGACGAACUGCAGCAGUCCAUGGCAGACGAACGACUUCGAAUGCUCGAGGAGAAGCGUCGGUUAGAAGAGCGCAUAAAUAAGCUCAAACAGGACCAUCAGCAGGCGCAGAAAGCCAUGCAAAAUACGAUACUAAAUAAGGCCGGUGGUGCACGGAAGCCAUUCUCGAUGUCAUUGAAAAGGUAGUAUAAUCUUUAGAUUUUUACCCCUCCUCCCCCCCCCCCCUCCCUUUAUACUUUUCCAUCAUCACUUUGGCUGAAUAGAAUUGAAUCGCAUGUGUACACAAAUGUUGCCCUACCUUUUUUUGUAAAUAUCUUCCUUCAUAAAUCAUUUUAACACGCAUGAAACAUUUUGAUGAAGACCAUGAUAUACACGAAAGCCCUUGUACAUACACACCCUUCCCCAUGAGGUUUUUUCACCGUUGGACUAUCUCCUCCGCUAUGGACCCGGAACUGCUACCAGUAUGGUUCUCUCUCUCUCUCUCUCUCUCUCUCUCUCUCUCUCUCUCUCUCUCUCUCUCUCUCUCUCUCUCUCUCUCUCUCUCUCCCCUCUCUCUCUCUCUCUCUCUCUCUCUCUCUCUCUCUCUCUCUCUCUCUCUCUCUCUCUCUCUCUCUCUCUCUCUCUCUCUCUCUCUCUCUCUCUCUCUCUCUGGCUUUAGGCUCGAUGUGUAUCGUUGAGUUAUUGCAUCCCUUCUUAUUGUAUUGUAUUUAUUAGUCCGACUGUAUUGUGCAGGGUCAGCAUGGACCUGUGUGUAUGUGCGUGCGAUGCCAGUCUGGCAGUAACCGUGAUCGUAUUGCGUCAUGCAGUACUUGAAUGUGUAUUGAACAGCAUAA